CAUCAGGCUGGGCAGCGGACGGAGGCACGUCAGGCUGGGCAGCUGGCACCGGGCCGUCAGGCGGGGCAGCGGGCACCGGGCCGUCAGGCAGGGCAGCGGGCACCGGGCCGUCAGGCGAGAACAGCGGGCACCGAGUCAUCUGGCACGACAGCGGGCACUGAGUCAUCUGGCUCGACAGCGGGCACCGAGUCAACUGGCACGACAGCAGGCACCGAGUCAACUGGCACGACAGCGGGCACCGAGUCAUCUGGCACGACAGCGGGCACCGAGUCAUCUGGCACGACAGCGGGCACCGAGUCA